GCUCGAUCCUCUCUUCUUACCAAACACACACCAACUCAAGCCGACGCAGGCGACGACGCGACCAGCGGACGGGAGAACGAUGGAAGCGGAGGCCUUCCCGAUACGUUUCACGAGGGGCAUCAGGUCCUACUGGCGCCGGAGCAACUACCAGCGCGUGGACGGCAUCGGCGCCGCGGCCCCCGGCAGGCGACGACACCAGCUGGUGCGGCUGGGAGAAGGCAGCGACGGGCCCAGGCCGUGCGCCGUGCGGCUCGGCGGCAUGUUCCGGGCGCGCCGCGUCAGGGCGCCGGCCCCGGCCCCCGCCGCGGCCAAGGUCCCCAUGCGCGUGCUCGGGAGGAUACGGGACGCCUACGUGGACGUGAUGCUCGGGGCUGCCAAGGCGCAGCCGGCCGCGGCACGGGCGCAGCCGAGCGCGCCCGAGGCGCUGUGGCAGAAGCGGGUGCCCGUGCGACGGUCGACCAGCCAGGCGCGGCAGAAGCCGGAGGAGCUCGGCCAGAGGCUCGUCAUCGAGAUGUACAAGUCCGUGCUCGCGUCCAGGGACCUCGCGGGCAUGCUCCGUGCGUCGUCGGUGGCGCGAUAGCGUGCAUCGGCAGUGGACACGUUACGCACGGCCGGGAAGACAGUGAUUCAUAUUAUUUCUUUGUUUCUGGUUAACCUCUGUGACAAGUCUUACCUGUACAUUGACAAAGCAUGGGGUGGCUUUGCAGAAGUUCCCCGAUCCCCGGUAAUUCUAGUAAGCAUAUUACGCUGCUUCAAGAUCA